UUGCGUGCAUUCUCCAGGCGAUCCAAAGCUCACACUUCUGCCUUCCAGUUUCGGUCGGAACUCCAACACGUGGGUUGGCCAGCGUUCCGGCUCCCGUAUGUUGUCCAAGAGGAUCAGGCAAGUCUUGAGUUGUUUCUUCAGGGGGUUUCGUUGGCUUCGACCAGUUGCGUACUUGUAUCAUCAUGUUGCUUAACUUCGUGCCGUACUUACAGGUCGUGUUGUUUCGUACAGACGCAGUUGACAGUCGCAGGGGCUGCCAAAAGGACUGGACGACUCGAGGGAUGAACUUCAGUACUUCCUGUUUCAUGCCGAUUGUCGGAAACCGGCAUCUUGUUCUGCUUCUCCAUGAACUUUCUCCAGGCCCGUCAGGUGUCACUCGCUUCAGUGGGUCGGCAUACACCGACCGCUCGUGUGGAUGGGAUCUUACAAUGCAGCUCAUCUGCCUCGCUUUCGCUGGUGCUGCAACUCCUGGAAACAUCAACCGCUCACCCACCAUCAGCUGCAUGCAAGCGGUAGCAGCUGUUAACGGCGCCGAGGUCGUCCUUGUACGCACCAACGCCGGCAUCGUCUUCGUUGAAUGUACCUCCGCGUGGAGCGGCAGGCUUUAACUUCACGCUCUUCGGUGUGCUGCUCCAACUCGGGUUCGUCCUCAAACGCCGUGGCUUGAGCCCGAACCGCUACUUUGCGCGCUACGCUGCUUCCAGUGGUGCUGUCCGUGUCCUGACUGAGCCCCACCUCGCGCAAAGCCACCAAGUUGGCUCUGUCAGCGAGUUGGACUCCCGCAGGAAUCACCGAGAUGGUGGAACGUGGCUGCAUCCUUUCGACGCCAGCCAACUCGUUCGCGUUGUGUAUGUCCAGAGUGUUCUUCGUCAAGUGUGUGUCGAACUUACUUGUGA